GGGGCAGUGGGAACUAGGACAGGGGCGGGACGGUGGGGAGAGGCCGUGACCCAGUCCGACUUUGGGCAGAGGGUCAGGUCUUCAUUGAGGCUCUGAGCAUCUUGCAUCGCUCCUGGGGGGAGAUCCUGAAUUCCCUGGGAGCCCCCAGCGGGGGUCAGAGGGGGAGGACUCGUGGCUCCAGCAGAGAUGUGGGGUGCAGAGGGAAAGAGUGUGCGGGGAGGAGAGGAGCGCUGGGCAGUCCCAGAAGGAGCCCCGUGUCUUUGGGCUUCUCCCGCCUUUGACCGUAGUUGCCUGUUGGAUGAAAACACCUUCACUGAGAACUUCAUGAAUCAGAUGAGCCCUCGUAAGACCUACCUGUGCUACAAGGUGGAGAUCCUGGAUGGUGACGCUAGGAUCCCUCUGGACGAGAAAAAGGGCUUCGUGCGCAACAAGGGUGCUAACGAACCAGGGGGGCCCCGCCAUGCAGAGAGCUACUUCCUGGACCGGAUCCGUUCUUGGAAUUUGGACCGGGACCUGCACUACAGGCUCACCUGUUUCAUCUCCUGGACCCCUUGUGAUACCUGUGCCCAGGAACUGGCUGAUUUCCUGGGGAAGAACAGCCACGUGAGCCUGCACAUCUUCGCCUCCCGCAUCUAUAGCCGCUUCGGUUAUGAGGAUGGGCUGCGCACACUGCAGGCGGCUGGGGCCCAAAUCGCCAUCAUGGCCUCUAACGAGUUUGAGCACUGCUGGGAAAACUUUGUGGACCACCAGGGAAAACCCUUUCAGCCCUGGGAUGGGCUGGAAGUAGUGAGUCAACGUCUAUGUAACAACCUGCAGGCGAUUCUCCAGACGCAGGAAAACUGAAGGAUGGACGUCAACCUCUCUAAAGAAGUCAGGAGACCUCUGUUGAACAGGAGAAAAAAACAGCUUUUUUUGAGAAAUAUAAACAUGCCAUUUGCUACCCUCUCCAGAUUGAUCCAAAGAAACCAGUGAAAGGCAAAUGGCUCAUAAUAAAGAGUUAAAAAAAAAAAAAAUCUGGGGGC